GCUUUAAGAGCCGCGGUCUGCGGACGGAACAGCAGAGUUGUGUGGAGCUGAACGUCCCCUGCUAACCUGCUACAUGUAAACAACAGCAAAGGAUGUGAUUUGGACAUUUCAUUUUACAGCUAACACUCUUUUCUUGAACAUGGGGCAGCCGGCGGAGAAAGCCUAUUAUCGCUUCGUGGUGCUCUUCUUUAACUGUCUGCUGACAUUUGGCUCCUACUUCUGCUUUGAUAUCCCCAGUGUUCUGCAGGAUCAGUUUCAAGGGAACCUGACAUGUCCCAAUGCGACGGUGAUCAAUGGGACAGUGGACUGUGUGGAGGGACUGGGGAUGACCCCUCAGGAGUACAAUCUUCUCUAUGCCAUCUAUGCUUGGACGAAUGCAGUGGUGGUGAUCAUGGCUGGAUUCCUGAUUGACAAAUUAGGAAACCGCUUCGGUGUGUUUCUGUUCUCCUUUCUGUGUGUUUUGGGCUCGUCCCUGUUCGCACUGGGUUCCCACUUCAAAGGAACUCCUUAUCUGUUGCCACUGAUGCUCACAGGCCGGCUGUUGUUUGGAUCAGGCAAUGGAUCGCUAACCAUUGUUCAGAACCGCAUCACAGCUUUCUGGUUCAAAGGAAAAGAGCUGGCUUUGGCUUUCGGUGUGACCCUGGCCUUCUCUCGCCUGGGUUCAGUCCUGAACUUCUUCUUCACCCAGAAAUUUGAAGAAAACUAUGGCAUGCAGUGGACACUCUGGGGUGGAGCACUGCUGUGUGUGCUGGGCUUCACUUCUGCUAUCAUAGUCAGUGCCUUGGAUAAGAUUGGAAUGAGGCAGCUGGGUCUAGAUGGAGCCAUCCAAGAAGAGUCCCGCAAAGUGAGAAUUCAGGACGUGAAACUCCUGUCGCUAAGAUACUGGCUGCUGGUUCUCACCAUCAUGUUCUUCUACAACGGCAUUUUCCCCUUCAUCGCAGAUGCCAGCAAGUUCAUUCAGGAUAAGUACGACGACUACAGCCAGAAGGAGGCGGCCUACAUUGCAGGGGCGGUUUAUGACUGCUCCCUGGUGCUCUCAGCCGGUGUGGGCAUUCUCAUAGAUUAUGUGGGUCUGCGGGGCAUCUUUGCACUGGCCUGUGCUGUCUUCACACUGCCUGUGUUCGGACUCCUGGCCUUCACCUUUGUCCCUCCUUUGGUGUCCACCAUCUGGCUGGGAGUCACUUAUUCCUUUGCAGCUGCGAGCAUGUGGCCGUCUAUUCCCCUCGUUGUGCCUCAGGCGACUCUGGGAACAGCCAUGGGUCUGGCCACCUCCGUCCAGAUGGUUGGCAUUGGGGUGUCCAAUCUAGUUGUUGGACAGAUAUUAGGUACCAAAUCAAGUGAAACUAAGAUUCCGUUGUGGCGUUGGCAGAGGAUGAUGAUCUUCAUGUUGGCCAACACCAUCUGCUGCAUUGUGACCUCAGUGCUGCUCAAUAUUGUGGAUCGGAGACAGGGCGGGACCCUGAACAAGACAACCAAGAGGUCGGCACAGGCAGCCAGAGACUCAGACCGAGAACCGCUGAACCCUGGAGAGGAAGAGCAAAAUGAGGAUGAUGAUGAGGAUGGUGCUGUCAGAUCUCCUUCUAUCAACUCAUGAGUUUUUAAUACUAACACUAGGCCCGUGAUUAUUAGUCCUUCUCUUUUUAGUAAAUUUUAUAUGCAGUUGCUUUAGGAAGUUCAGACUCCGUCACUUUUUGCACAAAUGUUUGGCAUUUUUUCCCCCAUCAAUCUCCACUCAGUUAGUAAUACCAGCGUGAAAAUGUGUUUUUAGAUUUUUUUUUUACUAUAAAUCAAAAUGUGAAAUUGCUCAUUAACACGAGUAUUCAGAGUCUUAAGUUCAUUGAAGUUUGACUUGCAUAGGAAGCAUCUAUAAACUGCCAUCUUCACAUCUUUCCACAGAUGUGCAGGGUUUCAAAUUUGUGCUUUGAUUGGACUACUCAAGAGCAUCCACUUCAGUUCUGUCUUGGCUGAUAGAUCAACGAGCACCCUUUCAGGUCAGUUACAGAGUCCUCUUAGGAAAGUUUUAGAAAUGGUUUAGUAGCCUGCCCUUAUCUGUGUCCCGCUAGAGGUAGAUGAGGGCAGGCUAUUGGACUUCAUAGUUUAGUGUGAGCUAUGGGAUCUUAUACGUUGUGUGUGCCUUUUUAAACUAUGUCCAGUCACUUAGUUUGCCACAGGUGGACUCAAACAGGGUGCAUCUGAUGCAUUUGAAUACAUUUGCAAGAACACGUCUUUUUAAAAUAUAAGUAAAACAUAAUCAAAUAUGCAAAAAGCUAAGGAGUCUGAAUACUUUCUGAAGCGACUAUGUGUACCAGUUUUUAGACUGUUCAGACCUCACUGAAACCACAUUGUUUCUUCUUACUGUGUCAUUGCUAGUUACAGGGACGGCUGACAGAUUACCUUAAUGAGUCAAAGUAAAUUCCAGUUAAGCAGUAUUUGCACCCAAAUUGUACAUAUAUGUUACACUAAAUGUUCAAUAGACAAUAUGCUUAAGUAUUACAGGAUUUUUAAAAAAAAAUUAUACGGGUAAGAAGGGAAAAACAAAAAUGUGAGCAAAAAAUCAAACGAUCCUUGUAAACCUUUUGAAUUUUUGAUGUUUUUUUUUUAUGACAUUAAACACAUUUUAUCAAUCUUAUUAUCACUAGCCACUAGCUAUUGACUUUACUGCCAUAACUGAUAGUCUGGGAAUGAAUGAUGUCGCUUUUUGAAAUGUAUAAUUUUUUUUUUGUGUGUAAAAGUGCAUGGUCUGAAAUACAUUUGACCUUUACAGUGA